GUAGAAAAAUUAAUAGAUUACCUUGAAAAUUAAUAAAUUUAUGUAUAAAUAUAUUAAUUUAAUCAGCCACCAUCCAAAUCAGAAUGUAGAGAGAUGCAAAAACUUAAGUAAAAGAAUGGACUUAGCUUGAUUAUAUUUAUAAUAAUAAAAUUUGUUCCAGAAUUUCUAUGGUUUAUUUAAGGAUGUUCGGAUCGAUUAAUUAUAAUGAAAAAUCAUUAUGACACCUUGGGCUUAGAGAGGAAUGCUUAACCUAACCAAAUCAAGAAAGCCUAUCAUAAAUUGGCCCUUCAGUGGCAUCCAGUAUUAACUUGCUGAUGUCUUUUUAGGAUAAGAAUAGUGAUUUUAAGGCAACUGAUUAAUUUCACUAAAUAAAUGAAGCCUAUACUACCCUAUCCAAAGAAGAAUCGAAAUCAAAAUACGACAGAAGACUCUAAACCAGAGAUAAUCUGAAUGAAUUGUUUAACUAUAUUAAAUCGUAGCAGGAAGAACCAUUUCUAUAAUAUGAUACAAGAGAUGAUUUUAUAUCACAAGAGGAUCGAGAAUUCUUAAGAAACUUUUCAAAUAAACAAGAAACAGAAACAAUUAAAAAAAAGAGAAUUCGAAAAAAAAAAUGAAAAUCUUACCUUUACAAAUAAAUUUUUAAAAAAUCAUAAAUGGAUCAGAAAUAAUUGUCUCUAUAAAUGUGGAUUGUAGCCAAUCCAUUCUAUUAUUUUUCAAAACUAAAUACUUUUAUUCUAAUAUAUUUAAUGUACAAAUUUUAUCAGUAAAUAGUAUGUCUCCUUUAUCAUCCAUAGCAACUAACCUAAUCCCCUUCGAACCUUA